AUGGGGACCCUCCCCGCCAACCUCCGGACAGGGCAGAGCCCCGCUGCCUGGGGGCCGCCGGCCCGGGCCCCCUCCUCCACGGGAGACCCUUCUACGGGGCUGCAGGUUCCCUCUGUGAGUUCUGCCCCUCAGGGCAUCGAGAAAGGCUGCAAGGCCGAGUGCCACGCAGUGCCCGCUGCCUGCCGCCCCACGGCCAAAGCCCCACUGCUGGCAUCCCCCCCCCUGGGCAGCCCCCUGCUGCCAGAGCCCCCUCCUCUGGGUAGGAGCAAGAGCAAGAAGCGGAGGAACAGGACGACCUUCAGCACCUUUCAGCUGGAGGAGCUGGAAAAGGUCUUCCAGAAGACUCAUUACCCCGACGUGUUUGCCCGCGAGCAGCUGGCGCUGCGCACAGAGCUGACCGAGGCCAGGGUGCAGGUCUGGUUCCAGAACCGAAGGGCCAAGUGGAGGAAACGGGAGCGCUAUGGGAAGAUCCAGGAGGUGAGAACCCCCCCCACCCACUCUGGGGUCUUGGCUCCUUUCUUCCAGCUGCAGAACAACCUGUGGCCGAGCUCUGGCAGCCCUGCAGGGCCCUGCCUCGUGCCCCCCGACAGCGUGCCAUCGCCGUGCGUGUCUCCGUAUCCCCACACUCACAGCAACAUCACCAGCUUCGUGGGCAUCCCUGCCUCUCCCGGCCACCCCCCCGGCAUCAACAGCCUCUACUCCCUGCACGGCCUCACCCCCCCGAGCCUCAGUGCCCCCCAGUUUGAGUCACAACCGUCGGAGAAUGACUACAAACCUCCCACCCUGGUGACGCUGCGGAUGAAAGCCAAGGAGCCGGGCAGCCUGCUGGGCUGGGCCACGUAACCCCUGCAAGGGACACAGCCCCCAAGGCAGCGUGGUGCAUCCCUCCUGCAUCCCAAUAUUGCCGCAGCCCGGCCCUCUGCAUCAGGAAGGAAGGGGGGUGAGGGGAGCAGAGAGCAGCGCAGAGCAGCUGGGAUCUGAUGGAGGGCGCCGUUGGCUUUGCCCAGCAUCUGCACCACGGGGGCGUGGGGAAAUCACCCCCAAAUCCCAUCUGAGGAGC